AUGGGGCUACAAUUCAAGCAUCAUGGAUUGAAUGAAAGAAAGUCAGACUUCGAGCAUGAAUGUCUGGAAUCUAACGUCACAAUGUUAGCAUAUGAACUUUCUGUCGCAGUUGAACCUGCCGGAAACGAGAUCGAGGAUGAUAGAGACGAUAUAGAAGUUGCUAUAAACGAGAUUGAGGAUGCCAGAAACGAUGCAGAAGUUGCUAUAAACGAUACGGAGGAUGCCAGAAACGAGAUUGAGGAUGCUAGAAACGAUGCAGAAGUUGCUAUAAACGAUACAGAGGAUGCUAGAAACGAUAUUGAGGAUGUUAUAAACGAUACAGAGGAUGUUACAAACGAGAUUGGGGAUGCCAGAAACGAUGCAGAAGUUGCUAUAAACAAUACAGAGGAUGCUAGAAACGACACAGAGGAUGCUAUAAACGAUACAGAGGGUAUUAUAAACGAUACAGAGGAUGCUAUAAACGAUACACAGGAUGCUAGAAACGACACAGAGGAUGUUAUAAACGAUACAGAGGAUGCUAUAAACGAUACACAGGAUGCUAGAAACGACACAGAGGAUGCUAUAAACGAUAUUGAGGAUGCUAGAAACGAUAUUGAGGAUGUUAUAAACGAUACAGAGGAUGUUAUAAACGAGAUUGGGGAUGCCAGAAACGAUGCAGAAGUUGCUAUAAACGAUACAGAGGAUGCUAGAAACGAGAUUGAGGAUGCUAGAAACGAUGCAGAAGUUGCUAUAAACGAUACAGAGGAUGCUAGAAACGAUAUUGAGGAUGUUAUAAACGAUACAGAGGAUGUUAUAAACGAGAUUGGGGAUGCCAGAAACGAUGCAGAAGUUGCUAUAAACGAUACAGAGGAUGCUAGAAACGACACAGAGGAUGCUAUAAACGAUACAGAGGGUAUUAUAAACGAUACAGAGGAUGCUAUAAACGAUACACAGGAUGCUAGAAACGACACAGAGGAUGCUAUAAACGAUAUUGAGGAUGCUAGAAACGAUAUUGAGGAUGUUAUAAACGAUACAGAGGAUGUUAUAAACGAGAUUGGGGAUGCCAGAAACGAUGCAGAAGUUGCUAUAAACGAUACAGAGGAUGCUAGAAACGAGAUUGAGGAUGCUAGAAACGAUGCAGAAGUUGCUAUAAACGAUACAGAGGAUGCUAGAAACGAGAUUGAGGAUGCUAGAAACGAUGCAGAAGUUGCUAUAAACGAUACAGAGGAUGCUAGAAACGAUAUUGAGGAUGUUGUAAACGAUACAGAGGAUGUUAUAAACGAGAUUGGGGAUGCCAGAAACGAUGCAGAAGUUGCUAUAAACGAUACAGAGGAUGCUAGAAACGAUACAGAGGAUGCUAUAAACGAGAUUGAGGAUGCUAUAAACGAGAUCGAGGACGCUAAAAACGGGACAGAAGAUGCUAUAAAUGAGACAGAGGAAGCUAAAAACAAUGCUGACAAUGCUAUAAAUGAGAUUUAUGAUGCUAGAAACGAAAAUGGUGAUGAAAGAAACGAUGCAGGCAAUGCUAUAAAUGAGAUUGAAUAUGCUAGAAACGACAUUGUUGAUGCUAGAAACGAGAUUGAAGGUGUUAUAAACAAGAUUGAGGAUGUUAUAAACAGGAUUGAGGAUACUAGAAACGAGACAGAAGAUGCUAGAAACGCAACGGAUGAUGCUAUGAACGAGAUUGAUGAUACUAUAAACGAGAUUGAAAAUAAAAGAAACGAAGCUGUAGACGGUAGAAUGUGCGCUGAAGCAUUUGUGGAGUUGACAAACAAAUAUGUCGAAUCUGACAAAAAUAUAUCGGCAUAUGAAAGACUAAAACCUUCUGUUGAAGAUGUUAAGAAUUCUGAAGGAGAGAAAUAUAUGCAGCUGAAUAAGUAUUUGAAACAGGAAAACAUUAUUAUGACGAAGAUAUUUGAAUUUCAGCAUCAACUUCAGAAAUUAGGCAUGGGAUCAAUGGAUAACGAAAUUAAUUUUAUUCUUUCACAAGAAGUUGCUAAAAAAUUCAAUGAUCUUUUGAAAGAAGUGGAUGAGACAAUAGACAAUGUUGAAGAAGGCAAGAUGUUACAUGGUGAACAAAAAGCGUUGAUUCAAAGAUUGAAAAGCAUUCGUGAUGUUUGUAACGAAAUAAAAAAUCAUUUUUCUCGUCCAUUUGAUAAGAAUGUGGGCGAAUCGUGUGAUGAGCUUGUAAAGGCUGUUCCACUUCCUCAAUUGUCUUUUUAUCGCGGGAAUUGUCCAAUAAAUUGCGAUGGAGAAAGGAAUGGUAUCAAGGAUUACAUCGACGUUGAUGAAAAUAUUGAUUCGAAUGAGAAGCAACAACAAAACCUCGAGGAAAUGUUUCAGGAAAACUCUGUGAAAGAUCAUAGUCGCGAAGCUGAAGAAAUACCCCAGAAAACUGAAAAUUUUUCAACAGAAACAUUCAGGGAACUUUGUGUGAAGCACAAUGCGCUUAAUUUAGCCAAUGAAUGCCGUGAAACAGUUGAAGAAGGUUUCUCUGAAAUGACAGCUGAUGACGAAACUUUCGAUGAAGUUUCUAGCGAUGUUAUUUAUCUUAAUGGCGUUGAUUCACCAGACGACUCUCAUGAAACAGAUCUAAACAAACCGAAAGGACUCGGAGAAAUUAAUGAAAAGCAGACUGAGGGUUUGACUCAAGUUUACGAACAUUAUUUUUCAACCGAUGCAAUUAAUGAGACAGAGAAAGAAAAGAGAGGAGUUACAGCAAAAGACAAAGAAACAACAGGAAUUACAUCAACAGACCACGGCGUUUCUGCCGUAGCCGUUAAAACUUUGGCUUCACAUGCUGAAGAAAGGAGUACUGCUUGUGUGGAAAGUCUUUCCGAUGAUAAAAGCGUUUCGACACAUUCUCUGGACAACAAUGAACUAACAAUAUGCAAUGGUUGCAUCCAUGAACUACCGAAGAGAUCUCUGUUGAAGGAGGUUAUUGAAGAUGUCGAAAGGAUGUGUAGGAACAUCGAGGAUAUCUGUGGUAAACCACUGGUGCUUUCAUUGGAUGGGGUGAAAAUAGAAAAGGAGUUGACCGAGUUGACGAAGUGUUCUCUUGCAGUUAAAGAUCAGGAAAAGAAUCUGGAAAAGAUGGAAAGUUUACAUGAUGACAAACUCAUCGAAGAAGCGCUGUUUUCAUUGAGGUCACAUCGAAUGGAACUGGAAAAGAGGGAGGAAGAGUUCGCAGUGUUUUUGCCCAUUUUAAACCACGUUCAGAAGACUUUAGAAGAAUCGGAGGAAAGUCUUUCUUUCGACGCCGUUCUGGAAAAUAAGGUCGAACGUGAAAUCCUCCAUGAUAGAAUGAUGCAGGUUGAGAAAUGUGCUAGAGAAAUUGAACAACUAUGGCUUUAUUUGCCCAAAAACGAGACUGAGCUACUGGGAAGACUAGCGGAGUCCUUGAAAGCUGAACUUAAUGGUAGAAUUGCACUGUUAAAUGAAAAGGAAAGGAAGCGGGUUGAUUUUGAAUCCAAGCUGGAUGCCGUGAAACGCAAGUUAGUGAUAGUUGAAGAGUUUCUCGGUAAAAUGGCAUUGAUUUAA